AUGGCACCUCAUGGAAAAGAACUCUCUGAGGAUCUGGAAAAAAGGAUUGUUGCUCUACAUAAAUAUGGCAUAGGCUAUAAGAUAGCCAAGACCCUGAAACUGAGCUGCAGCAUGAUGGCCAAGACCAUACAGCAGUUUAAUAGGACAGGUUCCACUCAGAACAGGCCUCACCAUGGUCGACCAAAGAAGUUGAGUGCACAUGCUCAGCUUCAUAUCCAGAGGUUGUCUUUGGGAAAUAGACAUAUGAGUGCUGCCAGCAUUGUUGCAGAGGUUGAAGGGGUGGGGGGGUCAGCAUGUAAGUGCUCAGACCAUACGCCACACACUGCAUCAAAUUGGUCUGUAUGCCUCUUCUAAAGAUGAUGCACAAGAAAGCCUGCAAACAGUUUGCUGAAGACAAGCAGACAACCAGGUGAGGAGUACAAAGACAAAUGUGUAUUGUCUACAGUCAAACAUGGUGGUGGGAGUGUCAUGGUCUGGGGCUGCA